AAGAGAGAUGGCUAGUGUAAGCUGCUUGAGUGAUGUGAGGCCUCCCAUGACUAUUCAUAAGCCAAGCAUGUGGGCUGAUACUUUCACUAACACUUCUUUUGACGAAAAGGAACAACAAAGGUAUGCAGAGGAAAUUGAAGCAUUGAAGGAAAAAGCAAGAGACGUGCUAAAGGCAGCAACAACUCCUCCCAACCAAAUGAUACUAAUCGACACACUCGAGCGUUUGGGAUUGGACUAUCUUUUCGAGACAGAAAUCGAAAACAUACUCCAACAAAUCAAACACGACGACCUUCUUUAUCACUGCGAUUUGUUCACUACAUCACUUGGAUUUCGCUUGCUAAGGCAACACCGCCACCACAUUUCUUGCGAUGUUUUCAACAAGUUUGUUAACAAGGAUGGUAAGUUUGAAGAAGAUGACGUUGAGGGAAUGUUAAGCUUGUAUGAAGCAGCUCAUGUUCGAUUUAACAACGAGAAGAUACUACAAGAGGCUGCCGAUUUUACAAGGGUUUACCUGAGUAGUCGCGAAGCCGAGUUAGAGUCUUACAUUAAAGAUAAAGUGAAGCGGGCUUUGAAGCACCCGCUUCAUAGAGAUAUUCCCAUCGUAUAUGCACGGAAUUUCAUCUCUAUUUACGAAAAGGAUCCCUCGAAAAAUGAACUUCUUCUCAAACUAGCAAAAUUUAACUUCAAUUUUUUGCAGAAUUUAUACAGGAAAGAGCUCUCCCUAGUCACCAGGUGGUGGAACAAAUAUGAUCUGAUAUCAAAAUUACCAUACACAAGAGAUAGGGUGGUGGAGGCCUAUAUUUGGGGUGUGGGAUACCAUUAUGAACCUCAGUACUCUUAUGUUCGAAUGGGAAUUGCCAAAAUCAUACUGUUUAUUGGAGUUUUGGAUGAUACAUAUGAUAAUUAUGCCACAGUUAAUGAAGCUCAACUUUUAACUCAAACCAUAGACAGGUGGACUAAAGAUGAAGUUGAUCGACUCCCAGAAUACAUGAGAAUCGUUUAUCAUUUCAUUAUAAGUAUAUAUGAAGAAUUUGAAUGCGAUGCAGCGAAAUUUGGAAAAAGCUUUGCAAUUCCUUAUUUCAAAGAAACGGUGCAACAUCUUGGAAGGGCAUUCAAUCAAGAGCUAAAGUGGAUUAUGGGAAGAAAAUUGCCGUCGUUCCAAGACUAUCUUGAAAACUCUGAGAUAACAAGUGUCGUUUAUAUUACGUUUGCUGCUAUUAUUCCUGGUUUCGAAUCUCUCACCCAAGAAACAAUUGAUUGGAUAAGAACUAUGCCCAAACUUGCAAAACCAACUAGUAGAAUUGGUCGAUACUAUGAUGACAUUGGCAGCCAUGAACGUGAGAGUAAAGGAGGGCAAGUGCUCACUGUGAUGGAUUGCUACAUGCAACAUUAUGGGGUAACAAAGCAAGAGGCAGUGUCUAACUUUGUGGAACUGAUUGAAGAAACAUGGAAUGAUCUAAACAUGGAUUGGGUCGAGACAACGUUUGUGCCUAAAGAAAUCGCUAUUCAGUUCCUCAACUAUGCUCGAAUGUGUGAAGCCAUUUACAACAAAAACAACGUAGACGGUUAUAGUGAUCCUCAUGUUGUCGAGGAAGAUGUUGUUGCUCUCUUUAUUGAUCCAAUAAUCAUUUGAUUUAUACCAUGAAAUCACAGGUUUGUCAAUGUUUGACAAACAUGGAUUUUCUA